GUGCGCCGUUUGAACCGAGGCUACAGGCUGUUCCAGUGUCUGAGACCAUUGUCAUUUGAUUGUCAUAAUAUCUCUCCGUCUCCCUCCCUGAGCAAUUGGAAACUUGGUCUCUUGCUUUUUUUUUCCUCCGUCUCUCUCCCUUUGGCUUGCUUGCUUGCAACUCGGGGUCUUUUGCACUUGCAUACCAUACACGAAAUAACACCUACUUGGUCUUGAACAACGUCUUGUUCUUGUUCUUGUUCUCGUUGUCGUCAUUGUUGUUGUUGUUGUUGUUGUUCAACCUUACGUCUCACGUCAUACCAAAAACUACAUCAUGGCCAACAUCGACGCCGAGGACGCUCAGUUCCAGAAGGAGGUCCAGGAGGUCAAGCAGUGGUGGACCGACUCGAGGUGGAGGUACACCAGGAGGCCGUUCACCGCUGAGGACAUUGUGUCCAAGAGAGGCAAUUUGAAGAUUACAUACCCCAGCAAUGCCCAAUCCAAGAAGCUGUGGGAAAUCGUCGAGGGCCGAUUCAAGAACAAGGAUGUCAGCUUUACAUAUGGUUGCCUGGACCCGGUCAUGGUCACGCAAAUGGCAAAGUACCUAGAUACUGUCUAUGUUUCUGGAUGGCAAGCUUCGUCGACGGCUUCAUCGACGGAUGAGCCAGGCCCAGAUCUAGCAGACUACCCUUAUACGACCGUGCCAAACAAGGUCGGCCAUUUGUUCAUGGCACAACUCUUCCACGACCGAAAGCAGCGCGAAGAACGCCUUACCACGCCAAAAGCCGAGCGUGCCAAAGUCGCAAAUGUCGACUACCUGCGGCCCAUCAUCGCCGACGCGGAUACUGGACAUGGCGGUCUUACGGCCAUCAUGAAGCUCACCAAGCUCUUUAUUGAAAAGGGCGCAGCUGGCAUACACAUUGAGGACCAGGCGCCAGGAACCAAGAAGUGCGGACACAUGGCUGGAAAGGUGCUGGUUCCCAUCAGCGAGCACAUCAACCGCUUGGUUGCUAUCCGAGCCCAAGCAGACAUUAUGGGCACCGACCUCCUUGCUGUUGCCCGUACAGACUCCGAAGCCGCUACGCUGAUUACUUCGACCAUUGACCCCCGCGACCACCACUACAUCCUUGGGUGCACCAACCCCGCACUCCAGCCACUGAGCGAGCUCAUGUAUGCCGCCGAGCAAGCAGGCAAGAGCGGCGCCGAACUACAAGCCAUCGAAGAUGCCUGGAUCAAGGAGGCCAAUCUCAAGCUUUUCCACGAAGCCGUUACCGACACCAUCAAUGCGGGCGUGCACGUGAACAAGAAGACGAUGAUCACCGAGUUUCUUGAGAAGAGCAAGGGCAAGAGCAACUCUGAAGCGCGUGCCAUUGCCAAAGGCCUAACGGGCGUCGACGUCUACUUCAACUGGGAGGCGGCACGCACACGAGAGGGAUACUACCGGUACCAGGGCGGCUGCCAAUGUGCCAUUAACCGUGCUGUUGCGUACGCACCCUACUGCGACAUGAUCUGGAUGGAGUCGAAGCUGCCAGACUACGCGCAAGCCAAGGAGUUUGCUGACGGCGUGCAUGCCGUGUGGCCCGAGCAAAAACUCGCAUAUAACCUCUCCCCCUCGUUCAACUGGAAAGCCACCAUGCCGCGCGACGAGCAGGAAACCUACAUCCAGCGCCUUGCGCAGCUGGGCUACUGCUGGCAAUUCAUCACGCUCGCGGGCCUGCACCAGAGCGCCCUCAUGGCCGAUACCUUUUCCAAGGCCUACGCCAAGCACGGUAUGCGUGCGUACGGCGAAAUCAUCCAAGAACCAGAAGCCGAGCACAAGAUUGACGUGCUCACGCACCAGAAGUGGAGCGGCGCAAACUAUGUCGAUAAUUUGCUCAAGAUGGUGAGUGGAGGUGUUAGCUCCACGGCGGCCAUGGGCAAGGGUGUCACCGAGGAUCAGUUUAAAUAGACGGUGGUGCUUGGUGUCGUGUGGCUAGCAUUGCAUCUCGAUAUGUUUUUUUCUCUUGGCGGGGGGGCAUAUAAAAGAUAACUGUGUAUGCAUGUAUAACAAUCUACGAGUUGC